AUGGUAUCAUUGUAUGACGUAGGGACCACUUGUUGGUACCCAGAUGAAAAGUUGGGGUGGAUAGGUGCAAAAGUUGUAUCCAACAAAUCAGAAGGAAACAAACAUGUCAUCAAGUUGGUUUCUGAACAGGAUGAGUCACAAGAGUUUACAGUGGAAACAGACAACCUAUCUGAAGAUAAUGAAAAGCUUCCGCCAUUACGAAAUCCCCCUAUUUUGGAAGCAGCGGAAGAUUUAACCAGUUUGUCGUAUUUGAAUGAACCAGCUGUUUUGCAAGCGAUUAAGUUACGUUAUUCACUGUUGGAUAUCUAUACCUAUUCUGGUAUUGUUUUAAUUGCCACGAAUCCAUUUCAAAAGGUCGAGCAGUUGUAUUCACAGGACAUCAUUCAGGCGUAUGCUGGUAAAAGAAGAGGAGAGUUGGAUCCUCAUCUUUUCGCUAUUGCGGAGGAUGCGUAUAGAUGUAUGAAACUCGAUGGCCAAAAUCAAACCAUUGUUGUCAGUGGUGAAUCAGGUGCUGGUAAGACAGUUUCAGCCAAAUAUAUCAUGAGAUACUUUGCCUCAGUGGAGGAAGACACAGAACAAGCUUUGGGCUCUGAUCAUAAAGCCGAUAUGUCAGAUGUUGAAAAACAAAUUUUGGCAACAAACCCAAUUAUGGAAGCAUUUGGUAAUGCUAAAACCACUAGAAAUGACAACUCAUCGCGUUUUGGUAAAUAUUUGGAAAUCUUGUUUGACAAGUCAACUUCAAUUAUUGGUGCAAGAAUAAGAACAUAUCUUUUGGAACGAUCCAGACUAGUGUUUCAGCCAUCUACUGAAAGAAAUUACCAUAUAUUUUACCAACUUUUAGCGGGAUUAGACUCAGAACACAAGAAGGAAUUGGGUUUGUUAACUGCUGAUGAUUAUAAAUACACCAACCAAGGAGGAUUACCUAAGAUUGAAGGCGUUGACGAUGCCGAAGAAUUUCAAACGACAAAAGAUGCUCUUGCGUUGAUUGGAGUUAACGAGACUAAACAGAUGGAAAUUUACAAGAUUUUGGCUGCUCUUUUACACAUUGGUAAUAUCGAUAUUGCUGCAACUAGAAAUGAUGCUCACUUAUCUAGUGAUGAGCCAAAUUUGGCCAAAGCAUGUGAACUAUUAGGAAUUGAUGCUGUCAAUUUUGCUAAAUGGUGUGUUAAGAAACAAAUCACCACCAGAUCAGAAAAGAUUGUUACCAAUUUGAAUCAUAAACAAGCCUUGGUUGCUAGAGAUUCUUUUGCCAAAUAUAUCUACUCCGCAUUGUUUGACUGGUUGGUCAACUACAUCAACACUGAUUUGUGUCCUGAAGAGGUUGCUGCAAAGGUGAACUCAUUCAUUGGUGUGUUGGAUAUUUAUGGAUUUGAACAUUUUGAAAAGAACUCUUUUGAACAGUUUUGUAUCAACUAUGCCAAUGAAAAAUUGCAACAAGAAUUUAACCAGCAUGUGUUCAAGUUGGAACAAGAAGAGUAUGUUAAAGAACAAAUUGAAUGGUCGUUUAUUGACUUUGUUGAUAACCAACCUUGCAUUGAUGUGAUUGAGAAUAGAAUGGGUAUCCUUUCCUUAUUGGAUGAAGAGUCAAGAUUACCUGCCGGAAAUGAUCAAUCAUGGAUUGAGAAAAUGUAUCAAAACUUGGAUAAAGAGCCAACGAAUAAGGUAUUCAAAAAGCCAAGAUUUGGUCAAACCAAGUUUAUUGUCAGCCAUUACGCUUUAGACGUUACUUAUGAUAUUGACGGUUUUAUCGAAAAGAAUAGAGACACAGUAGGUGAGGGACAUUUGGAUGUCAUGAAAAAUACAACUAAUGAGUUACUUCAAGAUGUUCUCAGCAUUGUUGACAAGAACGCCGCUGAGUUGGAGGCUAACAAAGCACCAGCAAAGGGUAAAAUUGCCAACAAAAAACCAACUUUGGGUUCCAUGUUUAAAAACUCGUUGGUUGAAUUGAUGAAGACUAUCAACUCUACGAAUGUACACUAUAUUAGAUGUAUCAAACCAAAUGAAGAAAAGAAAGCAUGGGAAUUUGAUUCAUUAAUGGUGCUCUCUCAAUUGAGGGCUUGUGGUGUUUUGGAGACAAUUAGGAUUUCGUGUGCUGGUUUCCCGUCCAGGUGGACUUAUGUUGAAUUUGCUGACCGUUACCACACGUUGGUUCAUUCGGACGAUUGGAUUAAAGUGAUGAGGGUAGAAACAACACAAGAGUCGGUAACUGAACUUUGUAAUCAGAUCUUGACAUCCAAUGUUGAAGACAAGGGUAAGUAUCAAUUGGGUAACACGAAGAUCUUCUUCAAAGCGGGUAUGUUGGCUCACUUUGAAAAAUUGAGAUCCGACAAAAUGUACAAAUCAGCUGUGAUGAUACAAAAGAAUAUGAGAAAACGUUUCUAUAGGCAAAGAUACAUUGACAUUAGACAGUCACACAUUAAGUUGCAAAGUUUGAUUCGAGGACACGAAAAGAGGAGAAAGAUCAGAGAAGAAAGAGAAAGAGCUGCGGCCACAAUGAUUCAAACAUCAAUCAGAGGUCAUUUGGCAAGAAAGCAAUACCUCAAUACUCUCAAUUCCGUCAUCACUUUGCAAAAGUCUAUUCGUGGUUUACAAGCCAGACAAAAUUACAAAUCAUUACGUUUGGAAAAAUCUGCAUCAACUAUUCAAAAAUCUUGGAAGGGAUACAAGGAGAGAAAAAAUUUUGCCAAUACCAAAAAAUCGGCAAUUGUUAUUCAGUCAGCUUUCAGAAGGCAAUAUGCUUACCGUGAAUUGAAGACAUUGAAGGCGGAGGCUAAAUCAGUCAACAAAUUGCAAGAAGUAUCUUAUCAAUUGGAGAAUAAGGUCGUUGACUUGACUCAAUCUCUUACAGCAAAGAUUCAAGAUAACAAGGCCCUCAUGGAGGAGAUUUCAAACUUGAAAGAUUUGUUGAAACAGCAAGGUCAAGCUCAUGAAACCUUGAAGUCAAGAGAAGUUGAAUUUAAUAGUAAAUUGGAUGCCACCAGUGCUGAACAUCAACAGGAAGUUGAAAGCUUAAACAAUGAAUUAGCAACACUCAGAUCUGAAUAUGCAUCAGCCGAAGCCAAGAUUGCUGAAUUAUCCAAAGAACAAUCAGCAUUGAAAGAGGAGGUACAACGCACUCUUGAAGAAUUGAAUAAUGCCAGAAACGAUCUCGUCAAACGUGAUACAAUUGAAGUCGAUUUGAAGGCUCAUAUCGAACAAUUGAAAGCUGAAUUGGCUCAACUCAACAAUCCCAAAAUUAGAAGUGUCAACAACGGCAACAACAAGCGUCAUAGCAGUGCUGUGGCGUGGAACUCUCCUAGUUCUCUUGACAAUCCUAGACCGGUAUCAGUCAUUGCUGUUUCCAAUGAUGGCGAUGCUAACAUUGAUGAUAUUAAUGAUGAAUUAUUUAAAUUAUUGAGAAAUUCACGUCAAUUGCACCGUGAAAUAGUUGAAGGGUUGCUUAAGGGAUCAAAGAUUCCUACUUCCAAUGUUGCUGCUGAUUUGACAAGAAAGGAGGUGUUGUUCCCUUCAAGAAUAAUCAUUAUUAUUUUGUCAGACAUGUGGAGGUUGGGAUUGACUAAAGAAAGUGAGGAAUUUCUCGGUGAAGUUUUAUCAACUAUUCAAAAUCUUGUAUCUACAUUGAAGGAUGAAGAUGUCAUUUCACAUGGUGCAUUCUGGUUAUCCAAUACCCAUGAGUUAUAUUCAUUUGUCUCCUAUGCUGAACAAACCAUCAUUUCCAAUGACAAUUUAUCAAAUGAAAUGAGCGAAGAUGAAUUCAAUGAGUACUUGAAAUUAGUUGGAGUUGUAAAGGAAGACUUUGAAUCAUUGUCGUAUAACAUCUACAACAUGUGGAUGAAGAAGAUGCAAAAGGAUUUGGAAAAGAAGGCAGUUUCAGCUGUGGUUAUUUCUCAAUCAUUACCUGGGUUCAUGGCUCCAGAAAGCUCACCAUUUUUGAGUAAAGUAUUUUCCAGUGGUUCCAGCAGUUACAAAAUGGAUGAUAUAUUGUUAACGUUCAAUUCAUUAUACUGGUCCAUGAAGAAUUACUAUAUCGAAGAUGAAGUCAUUGUUCGAGUAAUUACCGAAAUGUUGAGAUUCAUUGAUGCGUUAUGUUUUAAUGAUUUGAUAAUGAGGCGUAACUUCUUAUCAUGGAAGAGAGGUUUACAAUUGAAUUACAAUGUCACGCGACUUGAAGAAUGGUGUAACUCACACGGUAUUGAAGAAGGGUCCACUUGUUUGAUUCAUGUGUUACAAGCUGCCAAAUUAUUACAAUUGAGGAAAAACACAAGUGAAGAUAUCGACAUCAUUUAUGAAAUUUGUUUUGCUUUGAAUCCAGCUCAGAUUCAUAAAAUCGUUGGUGCUUAUAGCUCAGCUGAAUAUGAAACACCGAUUGCACCUGCUGUGAUGUCAUUGGUGGCUGCAAAGACUAAAGAAAGUUCAAGAGAUGAGAUUUUCUUGACAGUUUCUGCUGAUGGACAUUUCGAGGAUCCAUUUAGAGAUAUUGAAUUGAGACCAUUUGCUCGUGUUGAGGCUUAUGUUCCUGCAUGGUUGAAUUUACCCGUAAUUCGUCGUAUUGUUGAAUUGGUUGCUAAAAACGCUUCUGUUCAAGCGACAUUUCAAAAUAAAGAGGAGAAUGGUGUAUAG